CACAAGUGCGGCGAGUGUGGCAAGGAGUUUCCUAAACGGAGUAAACUAAUGCGACACAUGCGGACUCACACGGGUGAGAAACCUUACCGGUGCGAGGGAUGUAACAAAUGCUUCAGUCUGCUGGGUAGUCUGAAGAGACACAUGCGGACUCACACUGGUGAGAAACCGUACCGAUGUGAGGAAUGUGACAAAAGCUUCAGUCUCCUGAGUAAUCUAAAGACUCACAUGCGGACUCACACAGGUGAGAAACAGUACCAAUGUGAGGAAUGUAGCAAGUGGUUUGGUACGCUGGGUGAUCUGAAGAAGCAUAUCAGAACCCACACCGGUGAGAAACCCUACACGUGUGAGGAGUGCAGCAUGCAGUUUAGCGAGCUGGGUAAUCUGAAAAGACACAUGCGGAUUCACACUGGUGAGAAACCGUACAGAUGUGAGGAAUGCGGCAGAUGUUUUGUUAAGCUGAGUGAUCUAAAGAGACACAUACGGACUCACACUGGUGAGAAACCUUACAGAUGCGAAGAGUGUGGCAGACAAUUCAGGGAGCUGAAUCACCUGAAGAGACACAUAAGGACUCACACAGGCGAAAAUCCCCACAGGUGUGAGGAGUGCAGCAAGCAGUUUAGCCAACUAUCAAAUCUAAAGAGGCACAUGCAGACUCACACAUGAGGAGUCCUACAUGUGUGAAAAAUGCAAUAAAAAAUUUCGUCCUGGUGUUAAACCCGUGUAGAUCUUUCAUUAUGUUGCAAUGUUUGUAUUUGAUAAACGGGCCGGGUCAUUUGAGAAGUCAGUUGCCCGUGUUAUUCUUUUCAUCUAAUUUGAUCUUAGUUACUCUUUUAGUUACUCAGUUUUGAACUCUCUACAUGACUCCAAUGUAAUGCUAAGAAUAACGCAAUUUCUAUCACGAUCGUUGCAUGCUCUGUAGACAAUUGGUUAGAACUAGAAGAAAUGUGUGG